AUGCCUUUUCAACACCCCUUUCAAGAAUCACAAUUUGACCUCUUCGACUGGUACCCCAAAUUUCGCGAGUGCCAAAGCCACUUCGUUGAGCACGCACAGCAUAGCGGCCCGGUACAAGCUGUGGCAGCCUUUGUGAAUAUACUGCUGCCCUUCCAGAAAGCGCAGAAAAACGAACGCGAGCCCUCAGAUAACACCGAGAGCGCGGCUUCCCUCGUGGCGCUGGUACCCUAUAUUCGCCGCCUUGUCGCCACUGGCUUUGACACACCAGCUGUCCUGCAUGGCUUUUUCGGAGACGAUUGGAGCGAGGGAAUUGGGCAGAUACAUGAAAUGGAGAGACGAAACUUUCUCUUUGCCGCCAAGUCGGAGAACUGGGUCAAUGUCAAGUCAAGUUAUGAUAUCGAGGACAGCCAAGCUGUGCCGUUUUUGCGACCACUUCAAGGCGCAACUGAGGAAGAGAUUCAAAGUGCUGAGUCAAGCUGGAGCGAGUGGUUAGCCAUGCAAGACUGGAUGUUAGGGCCACGCGCGCCGCCGGGGGAGCCCAACUAUGCCUACAGUCUUGCCUGGCAGAAGUCGAAGGCAGAAAGUGCCACCGAGGAGCGGGAGGAGCGCAAGAUAAAAGACCACCGCCUACAUACACCUCCGACGCCAGACAAUAACCCACUCUAA